GCUUACAAAACUAGCGCAGCUGAGGCAUAGCCUGUUAUAUAUUCUUUGCAUUGAGUCAUGUUCUCUCUUCACGGUGAACGACCGGAAGCGUAAUAUGGUCAGGAAAAUGUCGCUUGAUCUGUGCAGCUCAUUGGCUAAUAAGGCGCUGUCAUGGCAACUCGGCUUCAAGGCAGCUUCAACAGGUUUAGGUCGUGAUCUAGCGAACAGCAUUUCUUCUCAAGUAACAACAACCGCGUAUGCCCGUACGUUGCCCGUACUGGCCCGUACGUUACAACGGUUACAACACGCACAGGACGCACAGACUCGAAGAGAUCGGAUGAACGUGAAAAUGAGCAGACAUGACAAGUGAAGAAUCUCCAAAUAUACCCUUGGCUCGACUCGACAGCGAUAUGAGACAUGUAGACGACCUACCAACAGAAAUACUGUUACACAUCCUAUCGUUUCUCAGCCUACGUCAAUUGCUCGCCGUGGAACAUGUGUCACGGCGCUGGCGAGACGCCUUCGACACGUGUUUGUCCCGUCUUCGCGACUUUACCAUGCACUGGCCGCACGCACUCACCGACCGGUGUCUCGAGCUGCUGCUACCUCGGAUGUCCGCCCUCCGCGUCAUCGACAUCGAAAUCUACGAACAUGACUCGCUGUACGUACAAAUCAACAAGCUCGACCUGCACAUCGUGGCCCACCACUGUCCGCUGCUGAGUGAACUCAACCUGAAGGCUUUCCGCGUCUCGGAGCCCACGCUGCAGCGGCUUUGUCUGCGCUGUCCGCGUCUAGAGGUGGUUACCAUGAACAACAACUGCAGCGACGAAUGCGUCAAGGUGAUGGUGCUGAACCAGCGGCGGCUGCGCUCGCUCACCAUCUGCAGUCCGGCAGGCAGGUGCGAGUGGCUGGCCACGCUGCCCGCCUCGGUGCAGCGGCUGACACUGCACCACUGGCGCGAGCGAGAGCCGGGCUACAUAAAACACGUGGCGCAGUGCCCCAACCUGCGCGAGCUCGAUCUGUCGUUCAGCACCAUCCAGUUCACGUCGCACCUGAAGCUGGUGCUGACCGGCUGCGUGCAACUGCAGCGGCUGGUGCUGGCAGGAACGUACUGGUACCGCAGCAACUCGCGACUGGCGACACUCCUGGAGGCGGCGCCGGCCUCGCUGCGCGAGCUCGACAUCUCCGACGUGACAUCUGUGACGGCGGAGGACCUGGCCGCCGGCCUGGCCAGCUGCACCCGCUUGGAGCGUCUCUCGGCCGCCGGCCUGGUGCUGCCGCCCGAGGGCUGCCUGCCGGUCACCGGUCUGCCGGCGCUGCGGCACCUGAACCUGCGCCGCGCAGAGGCUCUGACCGACACCACGCUGCGGCGGCUGCCGGCGCUGCUGCCGGGCCUGUACACACUCAACAUCAACUUCUGCCGGCUGGUGAGCGAGGAGGGGCUGCGCUGUGUGCGCGAGCUGCCGCAGCUGCGCGCACUCCACCUGGCCGGCGUGCCGUGCGUCUCGAGCGACGUGCUCGACUGCCUGGGAGACCAGCCACUGGCCGAACUCGAGCUGGGCUGCUCGGAGACAUUCCCGAAACAGGUGGGCGCCGAGGCGGUGCAGAGCCUGGUGCUGCGCUGCGCCAAGCUGCGCCGACUCACGCUGUACGACCGGCUGAGCCGGGUGCGGGCCGUGGUGCAUGCGCUGGCCGGACAGUUAGCUCGGGAGCGGACGGUGACGCUGGUGCUGUACCCGGGCUUUCCGAGUCGGCUGCCGCGGACUGACGGCCCUCUGCGGCUGACCGAUACGGCCUCCCUGCGUCCACCCAGGGUGUGACCCCGGGCCCGGGGGCGCCGGCACCCCAGCUGUGACCGCCCGCCGCGCACGUGAUAGCUUUAAUACGAUUUGCUAGUGCAAUUACUGAACGACAGAUCAAUGAGUGGCUGCUGAAAUGGCGACAUGCGCAUACGUAUUGCUUUAAUAUUUUAAGCAUUUUGUGUCGUGCCGCUGCUGAGAAGCAGUGUGUGAUGAACGUAACUACUUGUUAUAUUUAUUAGAGAAUCCCAAAGUGAUGGGCAGGGGCGAUAACUUGCUGUCCCGCAGCGUCGGAAUUUUCGUUAUAUCUUGAAUGAUGUUCUAUUGUUGAAAUGGAUUUUGUUUAUCGUUAUAGCGCGGAUGGAAUGAAAUGUCUAUGCUCUUGAAAGUUGAACGAAAAGUUGAAAUGCACCUUUAUUCGCCGCUGCACCUACUUCUCUCGCGGCAGCCUUUCAGGGUCUACCCCAUCGGCUGUUAUAUAGUCAUUCUUAACGAGUGCUAAGACGCGUACUCAUAGCCAAUUAUCCGAGAAUGAAUUUUGCGUAGAUCUGAUGUGCAGAUGAAAUAUCCAUGGCAGUGGUUUGUGAUACUUUCCUCCUUAUUUUUGCUUGUAACAGUUCAGUUUUAGGUGGUCGAUAUUAUUGCAUCGGUGCUCAUCGUUUUGACCGGAAUAACAAUUUAGAUAUUGUUUAUGCUAUUGUGCUGUGAUCCUGUUACUUUAUGCCUUGUUGCAGGAAACGAUGUCAUAAUAUGUUUGCUGGUGAUGUUUGUUUUCCCCUCAUCCCCAGAGCUUAUAUCAAAUACAUUUACUAUUACUGACAAGA